AUGUAUCGGCAAAUUUUGAUAUUACCCGAAUAUAGAAAAUACCAACACAUAGUGUGGAGGGAGUCCCCACACGAUCGUCUUCAAGAUUACGUACUUAAUACUGUGACGUAUGGGGUUAAUUGUGCGCCUUUCCUUGCGUUGCGCGUGUUGCAAUCAAUCGCGUCCGAUGACUGCGAUAAUUUUUUAUUAGUACGCCAUGCCCAUGCGUUAAAAUAUCAAACGUACGUCGAUGAUAUCUGUGUGGGUGCAGAUUCUGAAGCCCAGGCGCUUGAACUUCAAUCGAAUUUGAUUUCAGUAUUAAGUAAAUCCGGGCUAGAAUUAAAAAAGUGGGCGACGAAUACAGCCUCGAUUUUAAGGGUCAUUCCGGCUGAUUGCCGUGGGUCAGGCCCGUUACCAUUUGACACGGCCGAUGCGUUCAGUAUUAAGGUAUUAGGAAUCGAGUGGCAUCACGAGACAGACGAAUUUUGUUGCGCGCUCCGUCUAGACCCCGCGCCGGUAUACACCAAACGAGGUAUAUUAUCAUUAGUCGCACGAAUAUUUGAUCCGUUGGGACUUUUCGCGCCGGCCACGUUUUUGGCAAAGUCAAUUAUGCAGCAGACAUGGAACGUGAAGCUGUCAUGGGAUGCUCCCUUACCAAUUGACAUUCAAUCAAGGUGGGCCGCCUUCGUCGCUGACCUGCCGUCUUUACUCACCGUUCGUGUUCCACGAUACAUACAAGCGCGUAAUGGCGCGCCGUGUAUGCUGUUAGGUUUUUGCGAUGCGUCCCAACGCGGUUACGCAGCUGUUGUUUACGUGCGUAUUUUGGACGCCCCACCGGAUAGUUGUAUUUUUUUAUUAGGUACAAAAACGAAAUUAGCUCCCUUAAAGGCAUUAACCGUGUCACGACUCGAGUUGAACGCUGCGAUAUUAUUAGCUCGUUGGCUAGGACGUCUGAGCCAUGCGCUCACAUCGCUAUUAAAUAUAGUCGGCACUCACGCAUGGUCCGACUCGACAAUAGUAUUAUCGUGGUUAACGGUUCACCACGAUUCUUUUAAGACAUACGUCUCGAAUCGCGUGCACCAAAUCCAAGUCUUGUUGCCGAAUUGUCAGUGGCAUCAUGUUGAGUCCUCUUUAAAUCCUGCCGAUUGCGCGUCGCGGGGCGUUACGCCGUCCGAGUUAGCUCAAUUUUCGUUAUAUUGGCAGGGGCCACCUAUAAUCUACACUGAUCCGUCUGAUUGGAAACCAUGUCCCCCCCCUCCAAGUGAUAUCUCUGAGCUGCCCGAAGUGCGACCAAUUGUAUGUGCCGUUCGAGCUGAUGAUGCGCCUGUCGAAUGGUUCACUGUAUUUUCGUGUUUUGAUCGAAUGGUCCGAGUGACGGCGCACGUUAUACGCUUUAUUUCAUUAUGCCGUAACGGUAAGUCCACUUCGCGUCCACCCGCAUUUCUAUCUAAGUCGGAGCUUGAUCACGCCACCCAGGUUCUCGUUUUAGAAUCACAGCGGAUUCACCUUGCCAAUCUACGACGCGAAUUGUCCAAUAAUGUCCGUGUGUCGUCGAAACCGUUAUCACGUUUGUGCCCCUUUAUUGAUGCGGACGCUGUAAUCCGAGUGGGGGGUCGGCUGCGACAUUCCUCGCUAACGUACGAUUGUAAGCAUCCGGUAUUAUUGGCUAAAAGAUCGUAUUUUGCACGAUUGUUAUGUGAAAAAUGGCAUAAGGUAACAGGUCAUUCGGGUCCACGAGUUGUGGCGGCUCUUAUUUCGCGUAAGUAUUGGGUCGUGUCGGUCCGAUCAGUUUUACAUGAGGUUCUGUCACGAUGCGUAGUAUGUGUGAGAUUGACCGCCAAACCGGUCCAGCCAUUUAUGGCUGAUUUGCCCGCGGCGCGGGUACAACAAUGUCGUCCGUUUGCUCGGGUCGGUAUCGAUUAUGCCGGACCUUUGACGAUGCGUGAGCUUCGACUCCGCAAGUCUCGCACUUACAAAAUCUACAUUGCGGUUUUUGUGUGUUUUUCAGUCAAGGCCGUACACCUUGAAGUCGUGUCAGAUUUAACGACCGACGCAUUCUUAGCUGCUUUUGACCGAUUCGUCGCCCGACGAGGUUUGCCGAGUGAUAUUUAUUCCGACAACGGUACUAAUUUUGUCGGUGCGGACAAAAAAUUACAGGCGUUAAUUAAUAGUCCGGAAGGACAAGUGUCCAUCGCGAACUCCCGGUCCAACUGCGUGUGGCAUUUUAACCCCCCGAGCGCUCCCCAUUUCGGCGGGUUAUGGGAGGCCGCCGUGCGGUCGACGAAACGGUUGCUCGUCCGCAUAAUUGGCACCCAUGUUUUCACGUUCGAGGAAUUUUCUACAAUCUUGUCCCGCAUCGAAGCCAUCCUCAACUCACGCCCCUUAACUCCCGCUUCGAAUGAUCCACACGAUUUAGAUUGCCUAACUCCGGGCCAUUUUCUAAUAGGCCAGCCGUUGCUUACAGUUCCCCCUAGAUCAACUCCCGACAAUGUACGUAAUGUUCGCGACCGUUGGAAGUUAGUUGAUCAAUGCCACCAAGCGUUCUGGAGACGGUGGUCAAAUGAAUACUUGACCACCCUCCAACAACGGUCGAAAUGGUCUGGUAGCGUACCUAAUUUAAAAAUUAAUGAUAUGGUCGUGGUGAUAGACAACCAAUGUCCUCCGUUGAGUUGGCGACUUGUCCGUAUAACGGAAGUAUUGCCGGGGGCCGACAGCACCGUUCGUGUUGCGCGAGUUCUGACUAGUACUGGUCAAAUCACCCGCCCGGCAGUCAAAUUGGUAUUAUUGCCCGUCGAUCAGCUGGUCAAUUAA